AUGUCGCAGCUUUUACCACAAGCAUAUUUGACCAAUUUUCAUAAUAGGAUAAGGAAUGAGGAUGUCCCUAUGUUUAUUACUGCGCAGCCUUCGCGUAAUCACAAGCGUGCGAAAGUUGUGAAUUACUCUGAAUAUGACAAUGACUUAUUACUAGAUGACUUCGUGGAGCAAGACCAACAUGAAGACGAUGAAAAGGCGAAUGCAGAAAAUCCUAAAGGUGAGAAUGAAGAUCAACCCCACGAAGAUGUUACAGCUAAUAACCUCCCAGAUUUGGAACAGCAAGAUGAUGCUACUGGUAUUUUAAAGUAUGCAAGGAUUAGGGAAACGUUUCUACAGAGUAAGAUUGCAGUACCCUAUGAACACCUAUUUGAUCAUAAUGGUAAUAUUACUGAUACUCAUGUUGGGGAAUAUGGAUUAAAAGGUGAUAUGUCUACAGUAGCACAACCAAUAAUAAUUCCAAUAAGAUUAAACUUGGAACAUAAUGGACACAAGAUCAUCGAUUUUUUCAUGUGGAAUCUGAAUGAUCACUCAAUGAGCGUGGAUCAAUUUGCUCAAAUCUAUUGUCAGGAUUUAGACUUCGGCCAUAACUCUUCACUACAAAACCAAGUGGUGUCAGCAAUUAACGAGCAAUUACAAGAAUAUGAGACGCUAGCGUCCGUUGUUGUGCCCGAUUUACAUGUUAUUAUUAAUCUAACUUGUAACCUAGACUCAAAAUUGUAUGAGGAUAAUUUUGAGUGGAAUAUAAAUGACGACUCAUUAUCUCCAGAACACUUUGCAGAGUUAGUUGUACAGGAUUUGGGACUAACCAGAGAAUUCCUUCCUGCUAUUGCACAUUCUCUCUAUGAGUCUAUUUUAAAGGUCAAGAAAGAUUGGCUUGAAGGUCACCUGAACCAAGAAACCGUUCCUAAUGGAGCGGCAUUCGGUUAUCUUUCGGGUAUAAGGCUAGAUAUUGACACUCUUGGCGUAAAAUGGUGCCCGAAAGUGGAAGUUUUGUCGCAAUGGGAGAUAGAGAAAAGAGAAAUUGAGAAGGAAAGGAAUAUGAGAAGGUUAAAGAGAGAAAGUGCGAAAGUAGAAGAUAGAAUAGUGAGGCGGAGGGGCAAAAGGAGAAUGGAUGAUCUGGAAACAACUAUGAGGCUUUAA